AUGGAAGCCCAUGUCUCCUUCAAGCCCACAGUAGCACAGCAAAGAAAAUGUUCUAACUGCUCCGAGACCGCAGUAGAUGGAGAGCUGGUGGUGGUAUAUGAUGUCAACAGAGAGGAUACAACCGGGAAGCUUGAGGUAUUUAACGGCUAUUUUGUGCACUUCUUUGCUCCUGAGAACCUGGAGCCAAUUCCUAAAAACAUCCUUUUUGUUAUCGAUGUUAGUGGCUCAAUGUGGGGAAUUAAGAUGAAACAGACUGUGGAAGCAAUGAAAACCAUAUUGGAUGACCUGAGAACCGAGGACCAGUUCUCUGUGGUUGAUUUUAACCACAAUGUUCGAACCUGGAGAAAUGAUUUAGUUUCAGCUACUAAAACACAAACUGCAGAUGCCAAGAGAUACAUUGAGAAAAUCCAACCUAGUGGAGGCACAAAUAUCAACGAAGCACUGCUGCGAGCGAUCUUCAUUUUGAAUGAAGCGAAUAAUUUGGGAUUGUUGGACCCCAGCUCAGUCUCGCUGAUCAUUUUGGUUUCUGAUGGAGAUCCAACAGUAGGUGAACUAAAAUUGUCCAAAAUUCAGAAAAAUGUAAAGCAGAACAUACAAGACAACAUCUCCCUGUUCAGUCUGGGGAUAGGAUUUGAUGUCGACUAUGACUUUUUGAAAAGACUGUCCAACGAAAACCGAGGCAUUGCGCAAAGGAUCUAUGGGAACCAGGACACGUCCUCCCAGCUCAAGAAAUUUUACAACCAGGUCUCUACUCCACUGCUGAGGAAUGUUCAGUUUAACUAUCCCCAAGCAUCAGUAACCGAUGUCACUCAAAACAGUUUCCACAACUACUUUGGAGGCUCAGAGAUUUUGGUGGCGGGAAGAUUCGACCCCAGUAAAAUAACAGAAGUAGAGAGCAUCGUCACGGCCACUUCGACUAACACAGAGCUAGUCUUGGAAACUCUGAGCCAGAUGGAUGACUUGGAAGAUUUUCUAUCAAAAGACAAGCAUGCAGACCCUGACUUCACCAAGAAACUAUGGGCCUAUCUCACAAUCAACCAACUGCUAGCUGAGAGAAGUCUGGCUCCUACAGCUGCCAUCAAAAGGAAAAUCACAAAAACAAUCCUGCAGAUGUCUCUAGAGCAUCAUAUUGUGACCCCGCUCACUGCCAUGGUGAUUGAGAAUGAUGCUGGGGACGAGCGCAUGCUAGCUGAUGCCCCACCGCAGGAUCAUUCUUGCUGCUCAGGAGCCCUGUAUUAUGGCAGCAAAGUCGCUUCAGGCUCCAUCCCAUCUUGGGCCAACCCAUCUCCAACACCAGUGAUGGCCAUGCUUGCAGUAGGAGCUAAGCCACUUGAGUCCACGCCCCCUCCACACGUGAUAAGAGUGGAAAACGACCCACAUUUCAUCAUUUACCUGCCAAAAAGCCAAAAGAAUAUUUGUUUCAAUAUUGACUCAAAACCUGGAAAAAUCCUUAGCCUGGUGUCUGAUCCAGAAUUAGGGAUUUUAGUCAAUGGUCAGCUUAUUGGUGCCAAAAAGCCCGAGAACGGAAAACUAAGCACCUACUUUGGAAAACUGGGAUUUUAUUUCCAACAUGAAAAUAUGAAAAUCGAAAUCAGCACAGAGACCAUCACCCUGAGUCAUGGCUCUUCUGCAUCGCGCCUGUCCUGGUCUGACACAGCUCAUGUUGCAAAUCAGAGAGUGCUUGUCUCUGUGAAGAAGGGACGAUCUGUGACUCUCACCCUGGAUAAAGAGAUGUCCUUUUCUGUUCUGUUGCAUCGUGUGUGGAAGAAACACCCAGUCAACGUAGACUUUCUGGGCAUCUAUGUUCCACCCACAAACAAGUUUUCACCCAGUACACAUGGACUGUUAGGCCAGUUCAUGCAUGAGCCGAAGAUUCAUAUCUUCAAUGAGAGACCAGGAAAGGACCCGGCAAAGCCAGAGGCGAGCAUGGAAGUGAAAGGACAUAAGCUGACCGUCACCAGAGGGCUACAGAAGGACUACAGGACGGAUAUAGUGUUCGGAACCCAUGUUCCCUGCUGGUUUGUGCACAAUAGUGGGAAAGGUUUCAUUGACGGAAAUUACAGGGAUUACAUCGUACCUCAGCUCUACAGCUUUCUCAAAUGGCCCUAAAGGUUUAUGGUUUGGGAAAUGUGUACAAAUAUACAUCUCAUCCCUUGACAGUUCUUGCGGUUAUUCCUUUGAGUAAUUAAUAACAAAUGGGUAUUAUCGUGGCUUAUAAAAGAGCCUGCUAACCCACCUGAAGAAAAUAAACAUUUUGCAAAGAA